CUGAAGCUGAGGGACCCACCCCAUGGAGAGAUGCCUGGUGGAUGCCAAUGUCUCCAAGGAUGGCUUGGAUUUCAACCUCAUGAAGGAUUACAUGAUUCUGAAUGGCACCCAAAGAAUAGCUGUGGCUGUACUGUGUACCCUUCUGGGCCUACUAAGUGCCCUGGAGAAUCUAGCCGUGCUCUACCUGAUCCUGUCCUCCCACCAGCUCCGUAGGAAGCCCUCCUACCUGUUCAUUGGCAGCUUGGCUGGGGCUGACCUCCUGGCCAGUGUGGUCUUUGCCUUCAACUUUAUAAAUUUCCAUGUUUUCCAUGGAGUAGAUUCCAAUGCUGUUUUCCUGCUCAAGAUAGGCAGCGUGACCAUGACUUUCACAGCCUCUGUGGGCAGCCUGCUGCUCACUGCCAUUGAUCGCUACCUCUGCCUGCACCACCCACCUGCAUACAAAGCUCUCCUCACCCACAGGAGGGCACUGAUGACCCUGGGCAUCAUGUGGGUCCUCUCAGCAUUGGUCUCCUACCUACCCUUCAUGGGAUGGACUUGUUGUCCCAGUCCCUGCUCCGAGCUUUUCCCACUGAUCCCCAAUAACUAUCUGCUGGGUUGGCUUCUGUUCAUCUCCUCCCUCUUAUCUGGCAUCAUCUACACCUAUGGCCAUGUCCUCUGGAAGGCCCAUCAGCAUGUAGCUAGCUUGGCUGAGCACCAGGGCAGGCAAGUGCCAGGAAUGGCCCGGAUGAGGCUGGAUGUGAGGUUGGCCAGGACCCUGGGGGUGGUGCUGACUGUGCUGCUCAUUUGCUGGUUCCCAGUACUGUCCCUCAUGGUAUAUAGCCUGGCCACCAAGUUAAGCAACCAGGUCAAGGAAGUCUUCGCCUUCUGCUCCAUGCUGUGCCUUGUCAACUCCAUGGUCAACCCUGUCAUCUAUGCCCUGAGGAGUGGGGAAAUCCGCUCUUCUGCCCACCACUGCCUGGCCCGCUGGAAGAAGUACCUGCAAGGCCUUGGGCCUGAGGGAAAAGAAGAGGCCCCAAGGUUUUCAGUCACUGAGACAGAAGCUGAUGUGAAAAUCACCCAGUGGUCAGAUUCCAGAGGUCUGCACAGCUCUGGUUACCGAUGAGGCCUCUUUCCCAA